AUGCUGCUGGAAGUCCAAGUAUCCUCCUGCAGUGACGCGGACCCCAUCAGUCACAAAAAUACCGUCAAUGGGAGUGUCCGUCAUCCAACUUUGGGUUGUCGCUGGGUCCACCAAAUCCAGUGUGAGCUUGUCAUGGGGAUCCAUAGUCACCCCCUUGCUCAGCUAGUAAUUGGUAGCUCCAAAUACUACCCGCAUUGGUACCCUCCGUGUUUGGACGAUAUGCAGAGACCACCACAAGAUCUAAAGGACCAGCCGAGGGCCCAUCAGUCUGAGACCCUGCCCCGGAUCUUGAUUCAUGAGAACCUGCCCAGCCCUGUCUCAUCUUUGCCGCCUGACUUUGCCCAACACGCGACCUUGUUGAGUGAUGUAGCGGAACAUCUGCCCCAUUGA